CUUGAUCAAUUGAGAAAAUGAUUGGCAGAUUAAUCGAUAAUGAAAAUAAUAAUUAGUUGCAGUCUUACACUAAUAUUGCAAAGUUGUAAAAUGUUUUUUCAUCCCUCUUGGAGAGUAUCAGGAUCGUUUUCUGUAAUACAAGUAGAAGUAAUUAUGAAUCUACAUGGAGAAUAUGUGUAAUUACCACAUUUGUUAUUUAAUUAAAGCCCCCUUCCAGACAUGUUUUAAGACCUAUACAAAUACUCUGCUUUGAAUAAUAAUUUGUGUCUGAUAUGUUUUUUUAUUUGUUAAAAUUCUUCAAAUUAUAUCUACUCCUUCGUUCUCUUUGAAAACUCCAGAAUCUAUCAACAUGCAAAUAUUUUGUACACUUUACUUUAACCCCUAUUUAACAUCCAUAAGCACUUAAACAUUUUAUUUAUGUUUUACACACUAUAAUGUAGUUGUAAGCAGAUAUAAGUGUUUAUUAAUGUAUUUGUAAGUAUAACACAUAAGUGGAUACCAUAAACAGAUCAUGAAGACAAUAUAAUAAAAUGCAGUUGUAAUAAUAUAAACUGUCUUCAUAGGAGAAGUUAGAAUUGGUGACAAAUACUGUACAUUAAUUAAUGCUUAAGAUUGUCUUUAUAGCUGCACACAACUACAUUAUAGUGUGUUAAAAACAUUUAUUAAAUGUUUAUAUACUGCUUAGAAAUGCUAAAUAGGGGGUCUUAGAAUAAAGUGUGAAACAACUAAACUACUUAAAACAAGAUGUCUCCAUGCACAUACACUGAAAAGUUCAUUCUCAGUGCAUGCGCACUUGAGGUUUCAAGCUUCCACAUCAGCCCAUCAACUCCAUACCUUAUGGACAUUUACCAUGACAUAAAAUAGCCAUACUAUCCUAAGGACUCAUUUUAUGGGGAAAAAAAUAUACAUCAUACAAACAUACAUUCUAACAAAAACAUAAAGAUCCAUACUCUGUCCAAAACAGAUUCUCAUUAAAGUGGAUUGACCCUUGAAAGUUCACAGAGAUCAGUUGAAUUUAGGUGACAUGUAGUAUUUUGUGUCCCAACUGUUAUGACUGCUACUGUAGUCAUGAUGUCAGUCUGGGUCAGGAUGAUUAAAGCAGAUAGUCCUGGAUUGCGUACAUCUGUGACAAUGGUUGUUUUCUUCCGCUGGUUUUAAAGGUUACUGAAGGUCAUCAGUCUCUUGUAGCUCUGUCUUGUUUAUUUCCUACAUCUCAAGUGUCUAAUUCAUCUUGAAGGAUUAUGCGUUGACUUCCAUGAGCGCACUUUGUCAGGACUCCUCUGACUUUUCUCCCACUAUCCAUGACGUAGUGUGCAUCCUGUUGUUGUAAGCCUUGAGCCUCCAGCCGGCCACUUCAGCCUCCCGGUCCUGUUUCCUCUACCCAAUGGGCACAAGAGUGAGCAUCCUGCCAGGAAAGCCAUUCACUCGCAUAUCACCUUCUCACAGAUUUUAUCUUUCAGGGCACUCAAGACACUUAGCAACAAGUGUGUAAACUUCUAUCUUGUCUUUACAGUACACUGUGUAUGACAGCUGAAAGUAGGUUAGCUAAAUUGAAAACAAAAACAUUGAUUUAAAAAAACAUUUACUAGAAUAAAAUCAGAAUUUGAGCAAUAUGUUUGCUAUCAUCCCUUACUGCAGACUGAUUUCUGUUGCAGCUGAUCUGCUGUGGAUUGGUACCAUUUGUAGUUUAUGAAUAGAGUAAAAUUUCCUUUUAAUGGAAACAUUUUAUAGUGCACACAUAUUGUGCAAGAGAUAAAUAACCUUCAGAGUUCAUGGUCGGAUUGACUCAACCAUGAAAAUAGCUCCAUCUUGUGGGAUUAGACAGCAUUAUAAUACUGUAUGCACAAUAUGUAAUUCAUUGCACCUUUCAUUUACAUGAUGGAAGGAUUUUGCCCAAUAAAAAAACAGACAUUUUAAGCUUUAAGGUAGCAGCUGAAUAAUAUUGAUGUUAUCUGUGACUCUGCAGAUGCAUUUCUCAGCAAUGUUUUUCAAGUUCAGCUCAGCUGUCAAUAGCUCCAGUGUGGUUAUGCAACAGCUAGAGAAGCGUGAUGAAAACAAAAUCUUAAUUUUAGUGAUUCCCAAGCUAUUAAGAGAUUUGAGUGAAAGACUGUGUUAGAGAGAGAGAGAGAGAGAGAGAGAGAGAGAGAUGUGCAGCACAAGUCUGGAAAACCUGUAGGUUAGAGGGUCAACGCUGAGAGAUAUAAGCUUAGAGUCCAUUAGUGGAUUAUAACCAUAACCACUCCAUGGCUCCUGUAUCUCUCUUGGAUUAAAGAGAGAGUGGAAGGGGGAGACACAGAGAGGGAGCGAUACAGAGAUAUGCUGAGUGCAUGAGGGUAACUGGAAAGCAAGUGAACUGAGCAAAUUCAAAGGCAGAGCAUAUUAUACUGUGCAUACGUGGACUGAGAAACACUGAAAAGCGCGCUGAAGUCAAGUUGGAGCGGUACACCUACGGUAUAUCACCUGGCUGAUUAAGUGAAUUGCACAAGGAAGCGCACGAUGGACGUGGACCUGGAGGGGAUUAUCCAGUGCAUCAAGCAGGGGGAUGAGAACGGUGUUCAGACACAGCUGCAGGAGUUCAACAAAGAGUACGCCCAGUGCUUCUUCUUUGAUGCAGAGGAGAGGGACCGAAGGAAACAAAGAAAACUAGAAGAGUUCAGGAACAAUAAAGUGAGGGAAUACACUGAUUCUGACUCCGAAUGUGACGAGUACGACCAGGAGGAUCGAGGCCUCAUCCUCAGACAGAAUUUAGCUGUUGUCCUCUUGAGAUUCAUAAGAACAGGAGUGAAAUGUCGUCUGUUGAGAGUAUCUCUACGCACGCUGAGAAUCCUCUCCAGAGACAAAAAGGUUCUGGGCCCCUUGGUGACCGACAGCUCUCUUCUGACGGUGGCCAAACUAGCCGGGCUGACCACAUGUGAUGCAAGUGACGAAGCCAGCGACCCUGACUCCGAUUUCUAUGAUAACAUCAUUGUUUCUCUCGCUGAGGCCAAAGUGUUGCAGUGUCGCACUGAUGACGACGAAGGCGACGUUGAAGCCAUUGACCAAAACGAAGAGUGCGCUGCCUUUGAUGAGGACGCCAAGAGUGAUAUCAGCAUCGCCAACAGCGGAGAUCUGGACAGCAUCAGCUGGUUUGGGAGCCACAGGACCAGCAUCAACGAAAUGCACAGAAGCGGCAUACAUCAAAAGGUGCUGGAGCGAGGGAGGAGGGACCGUAGAGAGAGCAAGAUGGAGGGGCAGGAAGAGGCGGAGGAUGAAGAGGGGGAGUCAGGAGAGGAGGCACAGAGAAAAGAGGCCAUGAAGGUGUUGUGUAAUGUGGUGUACAACAGCACCUGGGCACAGGAGAGGUUCAGUGCUCUCAGGCUCAUGUGUGGUCUCAUAGAGCGUCUAUCCUCCAGUGUUAGUUGCUCAUCUCCCUCCAGUGUUCAGUUCUAUGAACUACGCCUCAUGUUCCUUAUUACUGCUCUGCGGCCAGAGCUCAGGACUCAGCUUCAACAGGAGGGAGGUGUGUCCAUCCUCACAGCAGCUCUGGAGAGCUGCCUGGAGGUUCAGUGGAAGGAUCAGUAUGAGUGUGUGCUGGGCCCAGCAGCACCACCCAUCUCACUGGAAGCCUCUCAGCGUAUCAUAGAGAUCCUCAAAAUCCUCUUCAACAUCACCUACAGCACCCACAGGCAGGAGCCAAGUGAGGACGAUGCAGCUCUUUACCGACACCUGGUGGCACUCCUGCGUCUCUGCCUGAUGAGGAAGUGUAUGCUUUCGGACGACUCUGAUGAACUACAGGGUCACACAGUCAACCUGUUGUCAGCGCUGCCUCUCCAGUGUCUCGAUGUGCUGCUGAGGGUGCCUCUGGAACCAGACUCGCAGCAGUGCCAGGGGGUUAACAUGGACUGUGUCCACUCCCUGGUGCUGUUCAUGGAGAGACGCCUGGAUUCGGGUGAUAAGAUGAAAGAGAAGCUGACACCAAUCCUCAAUCUGCUGACGGAGAGCUGCAGGGCCCACAGAGAAACACGCCAUUACAUCAGGAAACAUAUCCUGCCUCCUCUGAGAGAUGUAUCACACAGGCCAGAGGAAGGCUCCACAGUGAAGAGUCGUCUGAUCCGUCUCAUGACUCAUCUGGAUACAGACCUCAAACACUGCGCUGCUGACCUCAUCUUUGUCCUCUGCAAGGAAAAUGUGAGUCGUUUUGUCAAGUACACAGGCUACGGCAACGCAGCAGGCCUGCUGGCCACCAGGGGUUUGCUUGGCGGGGGGUCCAGGACCACCAGCUCUGACGCCCAGUAUUCCAGCGACUCUGACUCGGACACUGAGGAGUACCGGCAGGUCAAAGAUCGCAUCAACCCGGUGACGGGGCGAGUGGAGACAGAGCAGCCGGACCCCAUGGAGGGCAUGACAGAGGAGGAGAAGGAGGAGGAGGCCAAGAGGCUGAUCAUGCUCUUCAACAAGCUGUCCAGAGAUAACAUUAUCCAGCCGAUGGCCGUGGAUUCAGAGGGGAAGCUGGUCCCAAUGUCAGGACUGAGGGAAAAUUCCUUCACUGAGGAGGGGCAGUCUGAGUCAGAGAAUGAUGGAGAAGCAGAGGAAGGAGAGAAGGACUGAAACAUGUCAAAUCCAUUCAGUUGAUUAAGUUUCUUCUAUAAUGAUCCGACUUCUGAAGUUUGACAGUGCAUAAAUAUUUGUUGUAAACAUGUGGACGAUAUGAAAACAAGGUGAUGUAUUUCUCACCCAGACCCAGCCAUUCUGAAAGAGUGAACUCAAGAAAGGAUAUAAAAAGCAAAUUUAUUAUUUCUUAUAAAAGAGCACAAAUAAGGUCACACUGGUUUGAGUUAAGAACGAAAUUCUGAAUUGAUAGUAGAUCCUAAGAAGGAACUGAUUUCAUGGCAAUAACAUGAUAAUAUCCUCCAAUAUUUUUAUAUAUAUUUUCCAUAUAUUGUAAUUAUAUUGUUUGUACUAAUACUAUUUGUAUAGUAAUGCAUAGUUUCAAUCUCCUCUAUAGCGUUGCUUGAGAGUAAAUUCCAAAUAGGCAACAUCUGAUAUCUGAUACAUGCACUCAUUGGUUAGCCAGACCCCUUAAUACAAGAAAAUGAAAUAAACAUCUGCGCAGCAUA